CAUCGACCCUUUCGGUGGAAGGAGAGUAACCAGCCAUUGCAGACAGCUUGAAGCUCCCUGUUGGGUCUGUGUCAGGUUUGCUUGUUGCAUCGCUUUACCCACCAGUCUCACAGGUGUAAACAUGCUGUCAUUCGCUUUCAAGCAGCUCACACGGCCCUUGUGCCAUCGGCCCUCCAUUCGUCUCAGUGUACGGUUCCAGCAGUCCCAUGCAGCCACCCGAACGGUGGAUGAAGAUGGAUCCUGGACCGGACAGGAGAGUCUGGCUGAGGACGACCCAGAAAUGUGGGCUCUGCUGCAGAAGGAGAAGGACAGACAGUGCCGUGGUUUGGAGCUCAUUGCGUCUGAGAAUUUCUGCAGCCGAGCAGCUCUGGAAGCUCAGGGCUCAUGUCUGAACAACAAAUAUUCCGAAGGCUACCCAGGGAGGAGAUACUACGGUGGAGCAGAAGUGGUUGACCAAAUCGAGCUUCUGUGUCAGAAGCGAGCUUUGGAGGCCUUUGACCUGGACCCAGAGAAGUGGGGCGUCAACGUCCAGCCAUACUCGGGUUCUCCUGCUAACUUUGCUGCCUACACAGCUGUACUCAAGCCGCAUGACCGCAUCAUGGGCCUGGACCUGCCCGAUGGUGGACAUCUGACCCAUGGCUACAUGUCAGAUGUGAAGAGGAUCUCUGCAACAUCAAUCUUCUUUGAGUCCAUGCCUUACAAGCUAAACCCUGCAACGGGACUCAUAGACUAUGAGCAGAUGGAAAUAACAGCCAAGCUGUUCCGGCCCAGGCUCAUCAUCGCUGGCACCAGCGCCUACGCUCGCCUCAUUGACUAUGCCCGCAUCAAGAGGCUAUGUACAGAUAUUAAUGCCUACUUGCUCGCGGACAUGGCUCAUAUUAGUGGCCUGGUAGCUGCAAAGGCUGUCGCUUCACCGUUUGAACAUGCUGACCUGGUCACUUCCACCACACACAAGUCCCUCAGAGGAUCCAGGGCUGGCCUUAUCUUUUACCGUAAGGGCGUCCAAUCAGUGGACAAGAAAGGAAAAGAAAUCAUGUACGACCUGGAAGACAAAAUCAACUUCGCAGUAUUUCCCUCCCUGCAGGGUGGACCUCACAACCACGCCAUUGCUGGAGUAGCAGUGGCUCUUAAACAGGCUCAGUCUCCUAUGUUCAGGGAGUAUAUAGCCCAGGUACUAAAGAAUGCAAAGGCUAUGGCUGCAGCUCUUCUCAGCAAAGGCUACACUCUGGUAUCAGGUGGAACUGACAACCACCUGGUUCUGGUGGACCUACGGCCAAAAGGCAUUGACGGCGCUCGAGCUGAAAGAGUGCUGGAGCUCGUGUCGAUCACGGCCAAUAAGAACACGUGUCCUGGAGACAAGAGCGCAUUGACCCCUGGAGGCCUCAGGCUGGGCGCUCCAGCUCUGACUUCCAGACAGUUCAAAGAAGAUGACUUUGUGCAGGUUGUCGAGUUUAUGGAUGAGGGAUUUAAGAUCGCUUUGGAUGUCAAGAAAAAGACAGCAAAGCUCCAGGACUUCAAAAACUUCCUCCUCCAGGACCCAGAGACAGUGGCGCGCAUUGCAGAUCUGCGACACCGGGUGGAGGCUUUUGCCAGGCCGUUCCCCAUGCCUGGCUUCUGCGACCAUUAGGCGGAGUCACAGGUCUGUAACAGCCAGGUGGCAGACAGCUGGCUGGGCAGAAGUGUGCAUGGAGAAAAUGGAAAAAUGUCAUAGUAGUGAAAUGUGGAUAGUGCCUGAGAAUUAGGGUGACUUUAGUUCACUUUUUUUGUCUUUUUGCAAUCAGACCUACAGACACAUUUUCUGUUCAUGCUACCUUCAUUGAUAUAAUCUAAUAUAAAAACACAGGCUUUUGACUGAAGAAAAUAAUCAGGAAAAAAAAAACUGACAUUUUUUUUUGUAUCACAGAAGAAGCUGUGAGAAGAUUAUUCUCAGCUGUCUUCACACAGUUUAUUUAGUGCAAGUGUGAAAGGAAAAAACUUGUCAAAUCAAAGCUACACAACACUUUUCAGACUGACUUUAUACAAAUUUGUAUCUUCAGGACACACUCCAAGUCUUAAGUUUUGAAAGGUUCCUAUAAUGUGAUUCACCUAUUUUAUUUUCACAAUAGGAUUUUUUUAAAAGUUUUGUGGCAUCAUUUGCUGUUUUGAAAAGUCUUAAUUUCUCUCUGAAAAGAUGCAAUUCAACUUAAGAUGUCAGAGUGUUAUUUUUUGAAUUUCAAUUUAAAAAUAUUUUGAGCCGAAGUUAUAUGAAACUAUAUAUUUUAACAUGAUAUAGUUUAUACAACAAUUCCAAUUAUGUGCAGGAUAUUUUUGACUCAUUUAACCUGAUUUUUUGUUUGGUUGUUUUUUUUUUGUUUACACAACAGGAGCAUGUCAUAGAUUUCAAAUUUUAAUUGUUCUGUGCUUUGCUAUGAAAUCAGUAUCAUAAUUAAUCAAUUCAGUUGUACGGCUGUCGACUAAUCAUGCCAACCUUUCAUGUAGUUUGUUUACAAAGAGUAUAUACUUUUCUAUUCAUGGUUUCUAAAAAGUAAAUACAGAAUCUCCAUCAUUUGACCAUGUAAGGAGUUUUGAAAAGAUUUCUUAUUUAACUGUUCUUUCUGUCAUGUCUAAUUGAUCUCAUUUUUCAUCAUAUUCUUCUAAACUUAAAACAGUAAGGAAAUAUAGGCUUACUAAAACAUGUUUGAGUGUUUUGUAGUCUUAACAGUUUAGUGCUGCUGUCAUGGUCACUGCAUCAGUGAUAAAGUGGGAUUUAUGUUUGUGAAAUGAUGAUAAAACGGUACAAUGAGGAAAUACUUCUUAACUCUGAGAUUGUUUCUUACUUUACACAAAGCACAAGAUUCAAAGUAAAUUGAUUACAAAACAUUUUUUCAUAUAUGAGCUAAGCAUUUGCUAAAAUAUACCAGUAAGUAUUUUUGCCAACAUGUUUAUUCAUCAACGGUGAAUCAUCUGAGACACUAUCAUUGUACACUGAAACCUUUCGCAGCUUUGUUUUACAGAAUAUUUUUUAGUAAUUUUGUUUGGAUAAUGCUAAUAAAAAUUAAUCAUACAAAGGUAA